AUGGCCGACAAGGGCAAGGGCACUGCGCGGGAGCCUCCUAAUCCGUCACCGGCCUUCAACGUCGACAUGCUGCAGCAGAUGAUCGCUGCUCUGCAACUCGUCGUCGACCGUGACGAAGAUCGGCGUUUGUGGGACGCAGUCGGGCCCACGCCUCCCGACCCCUCCAUAAGCUCAGAUUAUGAGGAGAUGGGGCCCACGGAUAACCAGGUACAAUCCGGUGCCAGCGUGCAGCAGAAUCCUCUGCCGGCGUCCUCUCAACCCGCUCGCGAUCCUGCAGCUUUCCCUGUGUCGCCGCCUUUGAUUCCUCGCCCGGCUUCUCCAACGCCGCACGCUCAACCUCAACGUCCGCAUGCUCGUGGUCCACCCGAUGUUAACGACCAUGGUGGUCGCUACGGCAAUGACACGCACGACGGCCAUGAUCCUCCCUCUCUCGCGUCUCCUGCAGAUAGCCGGGUAUGGGUCGCCGGCCAAAGUAUCUCACUGCCGAUGAGAAACGCGCGGCAAAGCGGGAGCAGCAAGCCAACUACGCAAGCACACGGCCGCGCAAAACGGACCUCGCUGAAGCGCGUCGCCUAUGCCACCCGCAUCGGUCAUUAUGCGAGCCCAUUUUGGAGGCAGAUAGCCGGUAUCCCUCCAAAGAUUCAGGCCACGGCGCGCGCCCCAUUUUGUACCCUCGCAACAUCGUUGGACAUACCGGAUCUCGGCUUGUACAUCGUGCCAUACGUCCUCAGCUUGCCGACACCCUUGUUCUCCCCGCAUCCUCCCAUGGACCCCGAUGAAGCCUUCUUUGCCCCGAUCCCCGAGGACUCAGAUGAGCCUACCGAUGAGGAAAUCCCUCUAGUGCUCAAUUCUGGUCAAUACCGUCGCUAUCGGAGCGAGGGAAGCAGGCGAUAUGGAGAGUGGAUGAAUCAGAGUGUCGAUGUCGAGCUUACUAUCACCAAUGCUACUAGGGAGCUCGAAGCGCGUAUUGCUGGUUGGGAGAAGUCAACGGGCACAGAACAGCAGAACGACGCCGUGAAGAAUGUUGCACGAAGCUCAGGCUUCGAGAAUGUUGGAAAUUCCGAUGCAUCGAAGCCAGACUCUGGUUCUCAAUCGCCUGAGAAAGGCAAAGGGAAACAGAGACUCGACGAAGAACUAUUCGCCGAUCCGAUUGUUUCGGGUCAACCGAUCGACUUCUCCUCUUUGCCGGUCCACGAAUUAAUCGGUGGGCUUCCCCUCACCGAAUUCGUUCCUUUUGCUGAAAAGAUGAACUCUAUUCACGCGCCGCUGACCGCCUCACCUUUAUCCUACAUGGAAUCGCUCGAUCUGGACAUUGCGAAGAGGAUUAAGGCUCGAUCGAUCGGUUUCUCUUACCUUCAGAGAGACUUGUACUCCCUACCAGCUCAGAUUUCUAUGGAAGGCUUCAAGCGAAAGGAAACUAGAGCUUGGAAAGAAAUCUUUGAUAAGCUGGAUAGCUUCAUUACGCUUCCUAGUGUUCUGUACAACGAGGACGGGCACGUCGUAGCUAUCCGACCCGAUGAGCACACUUACCUGUGGCUCAAACGAAAGCUCAGCAGUUACUUUUACAAUGCUGCCGGACUUCUGAAUGGUCAACUGUACGAAGUCCCGAACGUUCCCGUAUUCGACAAAGACGGGCUCGAUCCUAGUGUAGCAUACACUCCGCAUGACUACCAAAUUCUCUGUGCAUGCUACCGGGACGAGGUGGAGACCGUGCUAAAGUACUUCACUAGGAUCGCAAAGAUUUUUCCGUCUGGAGUCGAGGAGGAGGAAGAGGAAGCCCCUAAGCCUCCUGAACGACCUAAGGGAGCUGGUUCGUCGAUUUCGCAAGCAGGAGGUGUCGUGAAGCGGAGGAACGACGACCAGCUCGACCGACUCGACGGAUGA